AUGCCCCCGGUUACUGGGGACCUCCGAGUGGAGGCGCUGGGGCCGGCGGGGCUGGCGGGCGCCCCGGGCCUGGGCAGCGGGCAGCGCGGGGUGGUCCGGGCGGCCCCCGGGGGCGGAUCCGCCGCGUCCUCCCGGGCUCCGCCCCCGCCGGGCCCGGCCGCACUGCGGAGCGGGCACCGGGCGGUCACGUGGGCGGCGAUGGCGGCGGCGGCGGCGGCCGGGGCGCCGCGGGGCCCCCGCCUGUACUUCUGCGGGAGCAUCCGCGGCGGGCGCGCCGACCGGGCGCUGUACGGGCGCAUCGUGCGGCGGCUGCGGCGCUUCGGGGCGGUGCUCACCGAGCACGUGGCGGCCGCGGGGCUGGGCGAGCACGGAGAGGAGGAUGCUGGGGGCGACGGGCACAUCCACGCGCGGGACAUGGCGUGGCUGCAGCAGGCCGACGUGGUCGUGGCGGAGGUGACGCAGCCCUCCUUGGGGGUCGGCUACGAGCUGGGCCGCGCCGUGGCCCUGCAGAAGAAAAUCCUGUGCCUGUUCCGCCCCCGAUCUGGCCGAGUGCUUUCGGCCAUGAUCCGGGGAGCUGCGGACGGCUCGAGGUUCCAGGUGUGGGACUAUGAGGAGGAGGAGGUGGAGGCCACGCUGGACCGAUACUUUGAGGCUGACCCUCCUGUGCCGGUGGCCAUCCAGUGACCCGGCGGCUGGACUGACCCCCCCCCCCCAUUAAACCUUCUGACCUCC